AUGGUCGUCAAGAUCCGCCUCGCCCGCUUCGGGCGUACCAACCAGCCCUUCUACAACAUCGUCGUUGCGCACGCCCGGACCGCCCGCAACAGCAAACCCCUCGAAGUGAUCGGUACCUACGACCCCGUCCCCAAGAAAGACCCCUACGAUCCCUCGGGCAAGUUGCACAAGGACAUCAAGCUGGACAUCACGCGCGCCAAGUAUUGGGUGGGCAUUCUCGAACCCAAGUAUCGUCCCGGUCUGCCGCCGAAACAUAAGCCUACCGUUGUUAAGGAUUAA